AGAACGAGUUUGGCCAUAAAAAUUGCAUAUUUACUCUCUCCCUCUAGCUUGCUAGCUGUAAGGCUUGGAUCCACUGAUCCUGGAGGCCACAACCACCUUCAAUAUAAUCAAACGUACGGAGCCCAGCUACAAUCAUCAAGCGAUCAACAAAAAACUCAGAGUCUCCUCAAGAAAACAAGUCAGGUAUGUCUAAUAAUCCUACCUCAAGUUAUUUUGAUUACUUGGACAAAAACGAUGACGAAAACUACUUCUUAGAUGGUGUUAUAGACAUAAGAAAAUUAGAGAAAAACUAAUUUUACUAUUUCGGAAACUCAAAACUUUAUCACUAAGUCUUUUUUAUCAAAACUCUUUGAUAGAGAAAACAUUAUUAAAUACGAUAAAAUGAUAGGUGAAGUAGUAGUCCCUAUUGAUCAAACUAAGGGCGAUUUUCUGAUCCAAGUAAUAAAUAAAGAACGGGUUAAAGACACAUUUGGUCACUGAGAUUACUAAAUCGGGACAUGUUUAGUCACUAAAAAAAGUUAAUAUCAAAUUUGGUCACUAUAAUUACUAAAACAUGACACAUUUACUCACUCGCCGUUAGUUGUCAUCCAACUCCGUUAAAAGAGUCCGUUAUGUGCUAACAUGGCUAACAGAAUCGCCUAGUCAGCAUUGUUUUGGACCAGAUAUGAUCAAACCCGACCCGCCACAUCACUAAACCCGCCACGUCAUUUGGGUUAGUGACUAACUUUUUAGGGUUAGUGACAUUUUCAGACCCGAAACCCUUCUCCUUCCUCCCGAAGCUCUGCUCCUUCAAUUUCAUCUACCAUUUUCGAUAGAACACAUCAGAGAGCAAAGAGAGAUGCAGCCAGCCACUCUACCCCUUGACCCCCUUGUCCCAUAUGCUUCGUCGAAGUCGACUUCUUCUUCGUCGCACGCCGGCUUCAGUUCCCCCAUCGCAGCAGACAAAGAAACCCUAAGAUCCAGCUGCGAAUCCGCUCUGUACUUCUUCUUCUUCGUCGUGCUUCCCCCAUCACAGCAGUGGACGAAACCCUAAAUCGAUUCCCCCAUCGCGCUGACGUCAGUUUCCCGUCUCUUGUAAUUGUCCUGGUAGAGGCACUGACCGGAGCGGCAGGAUGAGACGUCGAGGGUGGCACACUCCGGUGAGCUGCAGAAGAGCAGGGAGUAGGAGGAGGAAGGCCGGUUGAAGAUCAGGUCUGUUUUCUUAGCCAGGCCCGGGAGAAGUACUCCCCGCUGCCCUGGUUUGCCCGGAUGUGACGGAAGUCGAUAAAUCGGACUGAGAAAGGAAAUGGGGGGAGUCGGAAUCGAGUAGAGGGGUGAGGUCGGAGUAAGAGAGGAGGAGCUUGGCGGAGAUGGACGGGGCAGAGUCGCGGCGGAGCCUAGCAGAGGUGAGAGGUUUGUAGUCCGGGUGGUUGGAUCUGACGACCGAUCAUCUUGAGAGGACGUCGAGGGAUGAUGGGGGGAGACGUUGAGCUUGAUGGGGGAAGAAGAAGCUUGUUCUUCGGGUUCUUGUUCGGUGAAGGUAGUGGAUUGAUGGUCGAAGGAGAGGAUGUGGUGAGCUUGGUGGAGUGAAACGGAAGGGGCGGAUUUGCCGGCGAUGUGAAAUGGAAUGGAGAGAAGUGGAGAGACGUGGUAGAGAUGGAGAAUGGGGUCGGGUUUGGUUAUGGGUCCGGUUGGGUUAGUGGAUUGGGUUGGAACAAUGAAGUGGCGGGUUUAGUGAUGUGGCGGGUCGGGUUUGAUCAUAUCUGGUCCAAAACAAUGCUGACUAGGCGAUUCUGUUAGCCAUGUUAGCACAUAACGGACUCUUUUAACGGAGUUGGACGGCAACUAACGGCGAGUGACUAAAUGUGUCCUGUUUUAGUAAUUAUAGUGACCAAAUUUGAUAUUAACUUUUUUUAGUGACUAAACAUGUCCCGAUUUAGUAAUGUCAGUGACCAAAUGUGUCUUUAACCCAAUAAAGAACAGAUUAGAAAAAGAUUAGCUAAACUAAGAUUAGAAGAACGAAAUAAAAUAGCUUAUAUUCAUAUUAGUACAAUUCAAAUUAUAUUAAAAUCAACCAUGAAAAUAGGAAUUGGCGCACCCAUGGAAUUAGAAAUUCGUGAUGACAGACUAGUUAACGAAGAAGAAAGCAUUAUUGCCAAAGGAACGUGAAAUUUAGGAGUAGGAAUAAUUAAAUUUGAUAUUAACCUACAACAAGGAUUGAGUCUGGCAGAUGGUAACCUUGACUCUUCUAUCAUUAUAAAAUAUGAAUUAAAAAGAGAAAAUUUUAUGAAAUAAAAUAGCAAACCAUUUUCAGUAACUUGUCAAAUAAACUAUGCGUUAACAAAUAGUCACCACAGUUUAACCUUCAAAAAUAAAGAAGUAAUCAAUAUAGAGGAUUUAUUUAAACCCUUAAUCCAAUUAGAAGCACCACUAAAGACCGUUAAAAUAGAACCUAGCUGACCAUCGAUAAACCCAAGACCAAAGACGGAUGAUUAGAACACAAUCAGAGAGGAUUAGGCAUAUCCCAGUAAUUGAACAAAAUCUAGAAUGAGAAGAGAUAACCAAUAAUCAAGUAAUAAAUAAGUUGGAAAAAUUGCAGCAUUCAAUAACAAAUCUAGAAAAUAAAAUCUAACAACUAUAAAUAUAUACAUAGAUAUACUAGUAUCUAUAAAAUAAAUAUGCCUACUACUUAUCAUAUAAACAAAUUAAUUGAAGGAAUAGAUGCUAUAAAUCUCACCUCAAUAAAUUAUAUCAGUGAAGUCACACGUGAACUAACUUACUUUGCCUCAGAAAUUGUAGAGGAGCAAAUUAGUAUUGGAACCACAGAAACAUUAGAAGAAGCUAUCUCUAAAACUGAAUUAAUUACUGAUAUAAUAACCAGCCUAAAUAAAGUAAAACAAAGAUUAUUAAAUCAGUAAAUUUUAAUAAGGUAAUUAAUGUUUGCAAUUAAUGUUUAAUAAGGUAAUUAAUGAAAGCAAAAAUGUUUGGUAUCAGAGCCCUAGAAGACUACUUUUGUCCACACUUUUCAUUUGCACAUAUCUCUUGUCUCUUUUUCUUAUUUCUCACGAGAUAUUGAGCUCCACUAAAAGAACUUUGGAAUUUUAGAAUAUAAAAUUUUUAGGUGCUUGUGGCACUUGAAGUGCCAAGAGACAGCUCUCAAAUAUAUAUAUAACUCAUGUGUCACCCUAGCCUACUGCUGACUUUUUCUAACUCAUGCAUGACAUUCAUCCUCUCCUCUUUGAAUAUCUUUAAAAUAUCACUCAAGAUUGUAUUUAUACAUACCAUUUGAAACAACGGCGGAAGAGAAUACACAAAUCUCCUAAAACCAAUAUAAUCAACAACCGAUGGAGGAAAUUCCUGAAGAACGAUCGUACAAGCAAACUCCCUUCUACUAGUUUCUUGGUAAAAAACAACAGGACUCGAACUCUCAGUACCGAUUUUUCUUUUCUUGUUACCAAAAAGUCCACUAACCAUGACUGGAUCAACAUUUUUACUGGACAUUUCAACAAAUGAUUGCGCAAAUGAAAAGUUCCAGAAGUGGAUGUAUCAACAAGCUUUCUAUGACAGUAUUUGCAUUAAGCUUUUCUCAACCCUCUAACUACAACUCGAUCAUAUUCCUUCCACAUCUCACACCACUGCUUCUCAGAAGACCAUACCAUACGACUAGCAGACACACUAGACUGGCCAUGAUUACUACUCUCGUGAUUCAAAGAUGGACUAUCAUCAUUACUUUCUAAGGCCAUGUUUCCCUAGAAAAAUCAAGUAAUCACUCGGGCAACAAUACAAUCAUUUAACCAAAUAAUGAUUAAAAAUUAAUCUUUCGAAUAGAGACAACAAUAAAUAUCCCAAUCAUUCACCAACUAAAAGAGACAAUAAACAACUCAAUCAUUGAUCACCAACUAACAGUUUAAUGAGACCCAAUUCAAAGCUAAUAGAAAGCAUUGCCUACUUGAAAAGAAUCUCUACUUGGAUUACCUUCUCUCUUUCAGAAACGUGUUGGUCUCAGAUCGACUGUCGGAGUAGGUUUUUGGUAUCUCUGGUGAGUCGCAAAAUCGGAGUGCGUUUUUGGUAUCACUGGACAGCAAUGCGGUCCAGCGGGUCGGAGGGGAUGCCAAGAUUGGAGGUAGUCGGGGCGGCGACGUUCAAGCUAGUGGUAGUGGCCGCGACGCUGACGUCGUGCCGUCCCUAUUAGCUCAGUUGUCUCCUCCGUUGACGGAGGAUGGGUAGAGAGACAGAGAGAAUGUCGACUCUCAAGUGAGAGCACUGAGAGGAAGCGAAGAGAGAGAACGUAGAGAUUUUGAUUUAUUUUUUCGUUUUUUUUUUUAAUUAUUUGGGUUUGUAUUUUUUUUUUUUUUAUCCAUGUAAACUAAACAUAAACAUGGGUAUUGACCCAUCUAACUUUAUCCAUUUACAUUUUAUUUGGAUUUCAGAUCCAACCCAAAUAAGUUGGAUAGUUAUAAACCCUGGGUAUGAGUAAAGUUGUCAAGCCUAACUUUGAUAUCUACUCGGCUAAAUUUGUCUCUCUUCUAUGUCAUCAUAUUUUCCCGACCGGCCUUUCAACUUUGGCCACCUUUUCUAACCAGCGGACUUGCAUAAUACUCCGGUGAUCCCUAUGUCGACGUUGUGGAUUGCCACUCCGACUUGUAGUACAGCGCUAGAGUUUAGAAAGAUGGUGCUUGUUUUUCUUUUCAAGUUACGUCUUAUCUUCGAGCCAUUUUAACAAACCCAAUGAAUUGAUCUUCGUAAAUAUUUCCCAAAAGGGAAUGACCUACGUUUCCAUAUACUAGACCUACUUCCAUUGGCUUCUACUCCAUAUUAUUUUCCCGUUAAUUAUUGUAAGUAAUUACUAUUAUUUUUCCCUAGUACCAGGCACAAUGCUGGAUUAGAAAGGGCGAAAAGGGACAUAAUGCUGGAACCCUAACCAUAGACGGCAUACUAUCUAUGGAUUAGUGUGAAUACUCCAACUCUAUAAAAUGAGUCUAUAUGGGGCUAGAAAGUUAACCAACCAGCCUCAAAAACACACAGAAAGCAACAGGAAAGAAAAUGGGAUCACUAUUAUCAGCCCUCAUUAUUAUUUUCUCAGCAUCGCUACUUUUGCCCAUGAUUGUUCAUACCACGGCGGCACGACCAAUCUUCAUCUUCGACUACCUUUGCAACCCGGACGUGUUCGACGACGGCGAUGAUCCCCAGCUCCAGUGCGUGGAUGACCUGCUAGACACCCUGAUGACCAGCGGCUCUACCGAUGAUGGCAAGCUGUACAUAAAGAACGAUUGCGAUGGCUUGCCUGUUUACGGUUAUAGGUGGAUGGAUGCAGAUCAAGCCAAGGCUACUGAAUGUCUCAAGCAAGCUAAGGAUGUUAUCAAGGAUACAUGCUAUCACCGCAAAGGGGCUCGAGUCUCUAACAGUGCUACCUGUCAAAUGAGGUUUGAGCUAUCUCCCUUUCAGCCAGGGGUUUGACCCUCUCGGCCUUGGUUUAAGGAGCGCGACGCAAACUAAUUAAGAGGUAAUUAACAUAAGAAUAAGCCUUAAAUCAAAUACUGCAACAUAUGUAUUUUAUGCUUCAAUGUGUAAGAUUAUCUGCCUUAUAGCAGGUUCCAAUGAAUAAAAAAAAUAAAA